ACCAAGCUACGAUGAUGGGGAAAUUCCCCUCGUUCUCCACCGGCUCCACAGUGAGCUCCGCUCUGCCCGGCUACGUUGCUCUCUGCCUCACUCUACAGGUUCACAGGCUGGAGUCAGCACAGUUCACAGUGACUGGACCUGACCACCCAGUCACUGCCUCCGUUGGGGGCGAGGCCAUCCUGCCCUGCCACCUCUCCCCUAGGAUGAGCGCUGAGAACAUGGAGGUGAGAUGGUUCCGAUCCCAGUUCUCUCCAGCUGUGCACCUGUACCGUGAUGGGCAGGAUCAGUACGGAGAGCAGAUGCCAGAAUAUCGAGAAAGAACUGAGCUCUUGAAAGACAACAUCACCAAUGGGAGAGUUUCCCUGAGAAUACGCGAUAUCCGACCCUCUGAUGAUGGGCCAUAUGUGUGUUUUUUUCAGUCCGGUGUCUCUUAUGAAGAUGCUAUUUUGGAACUGCAGGUGGCAGGUUUGGGCUCUGCUCCUGUCAUCUCUGUGGAGGGACAUCAGGAUGGAGGGGUCCGGGUUGUGUGUCGAUCAGCCGGAUGGUACCCAGAGCCCGAGGCUCAGUGGAGAGAUCUCCAGGGGCAGCUCUUACCAUCAGCCUCUGAAAAAAUAUCCCCAGGGGCCAAUGGCCUGUUUCAAACAGAGAUUGCCAUUGUUAUAACUGAAGAGUCCAACCAGAAAGUGUCCUGCUCUGUCAGGAACCCCCGACUCAACCAGGAGAGAGAGUCAGCGAUUUCCAUAGCAGAGCUGUUUUUCCCGAGGGUCAAUCCCUGGAUGGUGGCUCUGGGGGUGAUCCUGGCUCUCCUGCCUGUUCUCAUUGGCCUGGCCAGUUACUGCUUCUGGAGGCAACACAGAGCGAAAGAGAAACUGCAGGGUGAACUCAAGUGGAGAAGAGCUCUACUAAAUGCAG